UCGUGGUUUGGAGGGGCGGUAAUAUCGUGUGAUCGCGCGGAAUCGAUGCUGUGCGGAGUGGUGGUGCGAGGUUGCAUAAUAUGUUUUGAGUGAUUUUUGGAAGAUUCUGCGAGAUAUUUUGUGGAGUAAAAUCGAUAUAUUGUGGAAGAGAAAAAAAAGUGUGGUGAACGGUGUGAAUAUUUUCAAUGCUAAAUUAAGUUAAAAGGCGAAACACCGUUCAAAUAUUAUUAUAUUAUACAAAAACCUGGUCAAAGGAAGUAAUGUGCAACAUUUGAAGAGAGAAGCAUCAAGAAGCAAAACUGUAGAAUAGUUUAUCAUGAAUACAGAAGAAACAGGGAGGAAGAGAGCAAAUGACCGAUGAGCGCACGCCUUUGACAUCGGGCCCACCGACGCGGUUGGAUACGGAAGGUUCCUCCUCGUACAUUCACCAAAUCAAAUCCCACGAGACGCUACGUGAGAAACAGGUGAAAACCUUCCAGUGCUGGAUAUGUUGCGCCAUCUUGGGAGCCUUCGCAAUCGGUAUGAUUAUUAGCAUCGGCUAUAUUAUAUUCGGAGACAUUGAGCAGAGCACUACCCCAAACCGCACGAAUGCUUCGGCGACAGCCAAUUUCCCGGAAUUGUUUAAUCUGAUUAGUUUUCCACUUGAUGAUGAACUCGUUCCAAUGUGGGAUUCAUCCAAUAUCACCGAUCAGGACUUAGCGGAUGCACUUUCCCAAGGUGAACAAGCUCUCGGCGAUAAAGAGCUGCUCGAGGAAGCCUUGAAGGCACCUCCGCUGAAUUCGCCAACAUAUCGACACCAGAAGGCAGUGAGUACAACGCAAGCCGCUCGUCUCGCGUCUAAAAUUGGUUUUGUCGAAAAUAGAGCAACUAAUGCGAUUGCCAGGAAGUACAAUAUGAAGAAGCUUCACCAGCGGUGGAGCAUAGGCAAGGGACCGACUGUGAAAAUACCCCACUCGAAUGGAACGCAGGAGUGCAAUUUCAAUGCCAAAUAUCGCACCAAUAACGGAACAUGUAACAGCAAGAAACAUCCGUAUACUUAUGGAGUAGCGUUGAUGCCAUUCCGUCGUCAGUUGACGCCCGAUUAUGGCGAUGGGGUGUCCAGUCCACGCGCAGCCCUAGAUGGCAAGGAGCUUCCAAGUGCUCGACAGGUAUCGUUGGAAAUUCACCGACCAUCAUAUCACAACGACCCCAACUUUACCGUCAUGCUAGCAGUUUGGGGCCAAUUUCUGGACCAUGAUAUCACAUCGACCGCCCUGAAUCAAGGAGUUGGCGGUAAGGCAAUUGAGUGUUGCGAUCCUGGACAACCCCGCCACCCGGAGUGUUACCCUGUGCCACUUGGUCCGGGUGAUCCAUACUUCUACGAGUACAAUCUCACCUGUAUGAAUUUCGUACGAUCGAUCCCAGCCCCGACGGGACACCUAGGUCCUCGUGAGCAGCUUAACCAAGCCACAGCAUUCAUCGAUGGAUCCGUAGUUUAUGGUUCGGAUGACGAUAAGGUGAAGAGAUUACGCACCGACCGGGAUGGAAAGUUAGCAAUGUUUGUGACGCCCGAUAAUCGAGAGCUGCUCCCAUUAUCAACAGACCCGAAGGAUGGUUGCAACGAGGAGGCAAUGAACGCUGCCGGAAAGUAUUGUUUUGAAUCGGGCGAUGCGAGAGCCAACGAAAAUCUUCAUCUAACAUCAAUGCAUUUGAUUUGGGCGAGGCAUCACAACAAUCUGACUGGUGAACUGAAGAAAGAGAAUCCGGAUUGGGAUGAUGAGAUGUUGUUCCAAUCGGCGCGUCGUAUACUGGCCGCCCAAAUGCAGCACAUAACCUACAACGAAUUCCUACCGAUUGUAAUCGGAGACGGAAACAGCGAAAGCAUGGGCAUCAAACCCAAUCCGGAGAGUGAUAAAGAUACGUACAACUCAUCGGUGGAUCCCUCGAUAGCGAACGUUUUUGCGGCAUCAGCUUUCAGAUUUGCGCAUACCUUACUGCCGGGUUUAAUGAGAAAGACGCGUGAUCCGACUUCGUCGCGCUCAGGGAUCGAACUGCACAAAAUGCUCUUCAAUCCUUAUUCUCUGUACAGUAAAACCGGACUUGAUGAUGCGAUUGGUGGAGCGAUGAGUACCCUCAUCGGGAAGUAUGACCCGUACUUCACCACUGAACUGACAGAGCAUUUGUUUGAAAAAUCCGAUGAUCUGCUGCAUGAUCGUCCGUGUGGACUCGAUCUGGUAUCGCUCAAUAUUCAGCGAGGGCGUGAUCAUGGUCUACCUUCAUAUCCGCAUUGGAGGAAGCAUUGUCGGCUUCCCCCGGUGGAUACCUGGGCUCAGCUUGCGGAAGCUGUUGAUCCAGCUUCACUGGAGCAGAUGCGCAAGAUAUACCAGCAGCCGGAGAAUGUAGACGUGUACACGGGUGCUCUCAGUGAGCCACCCGUCAAGGGGGGUAUUGUUGGUCCGUUGAUUACCUGCCUGCUUGGUGAUCAGUUUGUUCGGCUGAAGCAGGGCGACUCGUUUUGGUACGAGCGCACCAGAGGGACUCAGCGAUUUACCAAAGAACAACUACAGCAGAUCUACAAUACAAGACUCUCCAGCAUCAUCUGUCGCAACUCGGAUGCCAUUACUAAUUCGCCCGUUUAUUUGAUGCGAAAAGUUGAUGGCGAUGACAACCCAGUUCUCCCGUGCGAGGAACUGGACACGUUCAGCUUCGGGGUGUUUCGCGACAAGAAAGGUAAUAGUACGUCGGGCAGGGUGAAGCUAGCGACCGGAAAGGCUGCAAUUUCGGUUAUAACGCCGAAACCAGAGAAGACCGAUGCUGAGAUGAUCACUGAAACCGAAGCGCCAUCGGAAACCACACCUUUGACAACUGUAAACUUUCCUGCCUAGGUGUUGUAUGAAGAGAUAGAUAAGGAGGAUGUUGUGCAUCACUUUCUCAUCGUAAAAAUAGUAAGUAUGUGUUAUAAAACUAGGAAAAUAAAUACAGUCAUGGUGAA